AGUUGUCUUCGUUUCUUUUUGGUAAAAGUUCAAUGUGAAAGUCUUUCAUCAAUAACAAUCUCCAAUCUCUUUACAAUUGUGAUUAACUGUUGUUCUUUAAUUGUUACAAUUACCAAGUAAUAUUCUCUUUAGAUUAAUGGGUUAAUCAACUAAUUGAUUUUAACCUUUUAAAUUCUCAACUAAAUUUGCUCAAUUAAAAAGAUUCGAAAUCAACAUUGGUUAAGUUACUUGAAGCUCUAUAAUCAUGUAAACAAACCAGAAGCUUUUGUUAUCUGUCAACAUUUUGUCUUGUUUUGUCUCAAUUUGCUUAUGGUUAAUUAGUAGUCAUCUCUAGUCAACAAUUGUUUUAAUUGAAUGUCUAAUUUACCUAAACAAAGGUUACAUGAUUACGAUAUGAGAUAUGAAUUAUUAUACCAAAGAGGUGAUUGGAUUAGGUUCAGCCGAAGCAUUGAAAGUACUGCACAGCGAAUUGGAACAAGAAUUGAGUUUUUGUAAGUGUGCAUCUCGUAGUCGAAGUGGCAUUUGUGUUUGGUUGGGUGAAUCUUUUUUCCAUUCAAGUGUUUCAUCAACUUUUCGCUGGCCGAGUAUCUUAUUAACGGCCUUUACUCUAAUUGUGUUCGUAAUUAGUUAUGUUUACUCGGGAGAAUCAUCACUUUUACUACAAUCAUUCAUCUUACUCUUCUUCCUUGUCUUCAAUGUCCUUCUCACUGCUUGGGAUACCUGGUUAAGACACCAAGAGUUACAUAACAAAUGUCGUCUAUUAUCACAAAAGAUUAAAAAUUGUUCAGAAAGAUCUCAAUUACUUAAUGAAUGGAAAACUGGAAAAUACUAUCCUAACCUUUAUCUUCCUCAAUCCCCAUGUAUCACUCUUCAAUGGACAUAUCGUGACAAUCAACGAGUAAAUUUACCUACUUCAUUAUUGGUCAAAGGCGAUGUGAUCUCCAUGUGUCCAGGUCGAGCUGCUCCAGGUCAUUGUAAAAGUUUAGAGCAAAUUAUAAGUUCGAGUGAAGGUGAACCAUCUUACCUGGAAUUGAAACAAGGAGGUCGCUUUGGAUCAACGGUUGAACAAGGACCAAUGUCAUUCACUUCUGCUCGAUUGAGAAAAGCCGCUAAACCAGUUAAAUUUAUCAUGUUGGAAACACCUUAUAUUUCGGGUCUUCGUCUAGCACUCAGCCAGUCCUGGCAUCGUCCAGCUACACUCUACGAGAAGGAGCGUCACACCAUCAUCACUAAAUACAUUGAAAGAAUCAUAAUCCCUUUGGUUUGGUUGGUCGUUUUCACCGUCAGUAUUAUUCAUUAUGGUUACAUCAGUUCCGAAACAAAAGUUAACGUUUUCAUCAAAUCGUUUUAUGUCCUCCUCUUGCGACCCACGUCAUGUCUCCUUCCUCUUUUACCGUUAACCCUUCCGUCUCUCUGGUUAAUUGUCAAUGCCUUUGGAGUAGCUCAUCUAUUCAAUUUGAUUAAAUCUCGACCAAUGGUCAGAGAAUCUGCCAAUGUAAACAACUUUUCCCUUGGAUCUCCUGGUUCCUAUUUAGGCCGUGAAGAUGCCACUGUCCCAGGUAAUAUUAAUGUCAACAUUAGUAACAGUGGUGUUGGUGCAUCAACUGGUGCUGGUGAUGGCAGUAAUGUUAAACUAAAACGACCUUCAUCUGACCCAUUUUUUGACGAUCUCGAGUCACAUUCAUCACUAGACAUUAUCGCUCCAGUUGAGUUUACAUGGAGUGAACUUUAUAAAUCGGUUCUCGAUCUACUUAUCUGUCGAGAUGGUAACCUUUGGAGAUCGGCAAAUAUUUUACAAGUUUUUGGUUCUAUUACUGCUCUUUGUUGUAUCGACAAGAAAGGAAUCCUCUCUUGGCCCAAUCCAAGUGCCGAUAAGGUUUUCUAUCUAACAUCUAAUUCUGGUGGUAGUAAACAUGGUUCUUCCAUUGCAACUAAUCCCGAUUAUUUAAUUGAUGAUAAUGAUGAAGACAUUUUCGUUGGUGAUGUUAACUAUCGAAAUAGUAAAAAUAACGAGUCAAUGAAAGUCGACAGUUGCUCAACAAAAGUAAAGAAAGACAAAUAUUGCAGUAAAUCGGAAGUACUGGACAUUACCCAUGACAUUCAUAACUCAUUUGGUUUACAAUUUGACGAUCCAGAAUGGCCUCGAUUCCUUCCUAACCUGAAACCUCUUGGAUUGGCCAUAUUACUCAACACGUGUAACAUGGACGCCCAAGAGGAGUACAACCUUUUCUGUGACCAUAUUACUUGUGAAUCAAUGAGAAACGAAGCCUCCGUCCCUGUGGUUAAUAAACGCUGUCUCUGUGAAUUAUCACGAUUAAUGGGCUUCACCGAGAAAGCGAUAAGUGAUUAUCGGUACAUGUUUCAAAUCUCAUCUUUUCGUCAUGUUAAACCUGAAGUAAUUCAACAAGGUAAAUUAGCUAAAUCGCUUAAUUUUCCUCGACUCAAGAUGCCUUUUCCCAAUAUGACAUCAGCUGUGAUUCGUGACGUUUGCACGGGUUCAUAUCAACUCUUUUCUCAAGGUAAUGGAGAUUUUAUACUCGACGCUUGUACCGAAUUUUGGGAUGGUCAAGAUCUUUGUGCGCUCGCUGAACCAGAUCGUAAACGGAUACUCGAUUUCUAUCAUCGGUCUUCCCUUGCCGCUUAUUGCAUGGCUUUUUCUUAUGUUCCUCUUAAUACUUAUCCUGAUCGUAGAUUAAAUAAUGACUUUUUUAUUGAACUACCGCCUGAUAGUCGACAUGUUUUCCAGUCACAAAAAAAUCUCAAUUCUUCCGUUCGAUCAUGGGAAAACCGAGAUGCCGCUUUCGCUCGGCCGUUAAUGAGUCACCAUUUAUCUACUGAUUCAUUAACUACCAAAGGAACUAACAAAACGGAGUCACAACAAUCAACCACCAAUCCAACAAUCACAACCACCACAUCCAAUUCUAGUCCCACCACAACCUCCACAAAUCAAAGUUCAAAUGUUAAUCCUUUACGCUCCAAGUCAACCUCAUCAACUACUUCAGUUGAUGGUUACCAUUUCGAGACACUUUUAAAUCAACUGACUAAUCAAGUCUUCAUUGGGAUGGUUAAUAUGCAGUAUCAGGCUUGUCCCGAUUUCGUUACAUUAGUUGAACAACUCGAUAAAGCUUGUAUUCGUUUUGUACAUUUCUCGAAGGAAAACGAACUUAGAUCUCGAGUUUUCUCUGAGAAAAUGGGACUAGAAGCAGGUUGGAAUUGUCAUAUAUCUUUGCUAAGUGAAGCGGCAUCGAAAGAGAUCAAUUUAAACGCAUCUCAAUCGCACAUGAACAGUUUCAAAGGUUCAAAAGCAUCGAUUCAUCCCAAUUGCGAGGCCAAUGCGACCCUAGUGAGAACACAAAGUGCACCCUCUUAUUUUAAUACUGACCCAACUGCCGUGAAGUUUGAUAAAAGUCCACUCAAAGAGCAAUCGUCGUCGAUUCUGAUCACAACUGAAGAUUAUGAUAAUCGAGAAAACAAUAUCGCUUAUAUUGAUGAAAACCAAAGAGAAAAUGCCAAAUACAAUGAUAAUAUCAUUUUAGACAAUGAACCAGAGGAUUAUGAUGUUGGUAGUGGCACGAAUAUCAAAAGCACCAAUGAAACCAUAGAUGAAGAUCAAUUGAAUCCAACAGGUAGUAUGACCAAUAAGGAAUCUGCUAAUUUAGUCGAUAGCGAUAAUGAAGACUGUCGAAGUAAAAGUUGGUCUGAAGUGUCAACCUCUCCAAGCCAUAUAACCGAAAGUACAAACACCGAUCGAAGUGCACCAAUCACCUUUGAUGUCAACAAUCGAGCAAAAUUACCUAAAGGCAUUGAACAGAUUCGACCUCAUCUUGCAGAGGUUGACAAUGUUCCCCUGUUAGUAUCAUUAUUCACCGAUUGUACUCCCCAAACAACUCGAGAAAUGAUUGAGAUUAUGCAAGAAAACGGUGAAGUUGUUUGCGUAAUCGGAAGUGCCGCAAAUGUCAACAACAUGCCAAUUUUCAUGCAAACCGAUGCAAGCAUCGGAAUCGAGCCCUUGUACCCCCAAAUCUGCGUCAAGGAGCCAGUUACCAAAGCGAAUGGUAAACCAUUCAAAGGAUUCAUCUCACCGACCGACAUCAGCAACGCUCUGAACACGUUACCCUGUUCAAUAUCUUUCCACCGAGAAGACUCAAUCAGUUUGAAUCAUAUCAUCAUGCAAGCUCGACACUACAUGAUGAAUGCACGAAACUGCCUUCAAUUUUUUUUCUCUUGCUCUCUGAGCCUCAGUUUGGCUCAAUUGUUUGCCACUCUCUUCUUCCUGCCGCCUCUCCUUUCACCAGGGUCAGUUCUUUGGUUGGUCACCAUUGUUUUCCCGCUACUCAGCCUUUCCCUCAUGGGAACUCCUUUGGAUACUCAAGUCAUGAAUCAAGCAACAGGCAAGAAUCUUAAUCUAAGUCGAGAGAGCAUAAUUUACUUCCUGAUGUGUUACUUAAUCAAAUUUUGCCCUUCGACAAUGAUUAUUGUUGCUUCAUUUGCUUUAAUCAUCAACAAUUCUUGUAAACAAAUCGUUGACUCAACUGAAGCUAAUUCAUCUGGUCCAUGUUGGAUGUUGAUUGAUGCCAACGUGACACUAACCGAAAUUAGCAAAUGGAAUAAUCAAGUUUUAAUGGCUCAAACAUUUUCUGUUGCUUGUAUUGUUAUUUAUUUCAUUAUCAUUUCAAUUGGGUUUGUUCAUCGAUCUCAUCUUCUUUGGAGGCGAAGUCCAUUCGCAAAUAGGUGCUGGGCAUUUAUGUCGAUUAUCUUAUUCAUCGUUAAUCUGAUCUUCUGUUUGGCUCAACUUAAUCUAUCUCAUGAUAGUCCAAUAUUUUUAAAUGAAUUUUCAUCAGUUCCACUUUAUAUUAUCAUCUUAGCUUUUCUUUGGCCUCUAAUUUUAAUUGUUAUCAACAGUCUUGUCAAAGGACACGAGAUAAAAAUCUCUGAACGGCAACAACGACGAGCGCGACUCGAAUUUGGAACUAAAUUAGGAAUGAAUUCCCCGUUUUAAAUAACCAAAUCCAGUGAUUAAUUAAAUUCUCAUAGUGUUAUAACUAUUAAUUUGAAUCGAUAGCAACAAUUUAAAUCUACUCAAUGAUAACCAAAAGUGAAAAAGAAAAAAAAAUCAACUCAUCAUAAAACACACACAACAAUUUAAAGUGAUUUAAAUAGACAUUUUAAUAGACAUUUUAAUUAAAAUGCAAUAUCCAUAAUCAAUCAUUACAAUCAAUUGUAAACAUCAAGAAAAUUCAAUUCACAGCUCAAGUCACAAUUUUCUCUCUCAAAUUAAUCAUCAUGUUUUAUUUUAAAUCUUUAACUCUCAUGACAGUUUUAGUUUUUUCUUUUGUUGAUUUUUCUUGAUCAAUCGAUUUAAACAUUAAAAAGAAAAAUAUUUCAACAAAAA